AUAAACACAGGAAAACUUUAUACACAUAGCCACCGUAGCAGCUUCCGCAAACCAAGAAAACCACUCUCACAUCCAACCGAGACACUUACCUCGACGGAAUCCACCACAGACGCCGCCGACGGUAAGCUCUCCUCCCACCUCGACGUACGCCGUUCAAGCCUUUCCCGUCGUUUUUCCUUCUGCCGUUAGUGACCAAAGUCGCUCGGUGUUGUGGCUAGCCACCGUCGACCACUCUAGAAGACGUCAGACCACCUCUACAAGGCCACAGAGAUCGCCGACCAGCCCAACCCCGUCGAGCCCACUCCUUUCCGGUACCCCCAGCUGCGCCGCCAGUCCCUCCCAGCCACCCAGAGCCGCCGCCGCGCAUCAGCUCAUUGUCUCGGUGAGUCCACUGUUAUCACACGGCAAAUUCCUUCAGUUGUGUUCGGUGAAUACUGUGUCUUGCGAAGUUUCCAUGGUCGGGGAUCGGAGGAGUAAAGAGGAUGGCUUUGUGUAAUUUUACAAAUGCUGCUGCCGAGGAUCUAAAUGGCUCGACUGUUGGUUCAGAUAUGGUCAAAGCCCCAAGUAGUACUCCACUUUCUCAGGCCAUUCUCUUCAACUUCCACCAGGAGACCCAAAUGGAACUCAACCACUAAUGUUAUCAUCACCAACCCUACUCUGCUAAUCAUGGAGUCAUGCACGACCAUGCUCCAACUGAAGCAAAUUCAAGCCCGCAUGACCGUCAAUGGCCUCAUUACUCACACAUUUCCUGUGAGCCGGGUCGUAGCCUUUUGUGCUCUUGCUGACUUCGGUGACGUUGAUUAUGCCCAUGAGCUGUUUUCUCAAAUCGAAAAGCCCAAUACUUACAUAUGGAAUACGAUGAUCAGAGGCUACGGUAAAGCUAAAAUUCCCACUGUGGGUUUUUGGUUUUUUCGUCGUAUGGUAAGAGAACGUGUCGAAAUGGACCGCCGGAGCCCUGUUUUUGCGCUCAAGCUGUGCGAGCAGUUUUGUGCAAUUUCAGAGGGGGAAUCAGUUCACUGCAGGAUUUGCAAGAUAGGUUUUAGUUCGGAUUUGAUAGUACAAAAUGGAUUGGUUCAUUUCUAUGCUGAGCGCGGGUGUUUGGAUUUUGCGCGUAAAAUGUUCGAUGAAACUCUGGUGAAGGAUGUUGUUACUUGGACCUCAAUCAUUGAUGGACAUGUGGUGCAUAAUUGCUCGGAUGAGGCUUUGGAAUUGUUCAAUCUGAUGCUGCUGAGUGAUGUUGAGCCAAAUGAGGUUACCAUGAUUGCGGUACUUUCGGCGUGCUCACUGAAAGGGGAAUUAAGUAUGGGAAAAAGUAUCCAUGAAUACAUACAAAAGAAAAAAAUUUCUUGGAGCCCGAACUUGCAAAACGCCAUGUUGGAUAUGUAUGUAAAAUGUGGUAGUUUGGUCACUGCUAGGGAGAUUUUUGACAACAUGAAGAAUAAGGAUGUGUUUUCAUGGACUAGUAUGGUUAAUGGGUAUGCAAAGUUCGGGAAAUUGGAGCUAGCAAGGAAGCUUUUUGAUGACAUGCCCGUGAGAAACGUGAUUUCUUGGAAUGCAAUGGUUGCUGGUUAUUCUCAAAAUAAUCAACCAAAGGAAGCUUUGAAAUUAUUUCUUGACAUAGUAGAGGCAGGAUUGGCGGCAACAGAGAACACUUUGGUAUGUGUGCUUUCUGCUUGUGGUCAACUGGGUUCAUUGGAUUUGGGUCAAUGGAUUCACCACUAUUAUAUCCAUCAAAAGCGGAUUCAAUUUAGUUUGAUUCUGAAAAAUGCUUUUGUUGACAUGUAUGCAAAAUGUGGGAGUCUUCAUGCGGCUGCAACUAUCUUCAAUGAAAUGGUGGAGAGAGAUUUGGUUUCCUGGAAUUCCAUGGUUGCCGGAUAUGCUUCUCACGGACAUGCUACAAAAGCCCUCCUCCUGUUCGAGCAGAUGACCCAAUUGGGAUUUAGGCCAGAUGACAUCACAUUUGUGGGUGUGCUGUCAGCUUGCAGUCAUGGGGGUUUAGUUUCAGAAGGUCAAAACUAUUUCAAAAGCAUGAAAAGAAAUUUUGGGAUAGAACCAAAAGUUGAACAUUACGCUUGCAUGAUUGAUUUGUAUGGUCGAAUUGGGCAACUAGAAGAAGCUUAUAAAUUUAUAGCAAAAAUGCCAAUGGGAGCAAGUGUAGCAGCAUGGGGUGCUCUUCUUAAUGCUUGUAGAAUGCACGGGAAUGUUGAGCUGGCUAAGGUUUCUGCCUAUAAGCUGUUAGAGUUGGAUCCUGAAGACAGUGGCAUUUAUUCAUUACUGGCAAAUAUUUUGGCUCAUGAGAGAAGAUGGGGUGAUGUAAGGAUGGUGAGAUGUAUGAUGAGAGAGAGGGGUGUCAAGAAGACUCCUGGAUGUAGCUUGAUUGAGAUAGAGGUGCGUUUUACGUUGGGAGCUCCAUUUGAGAUUUUGAAAUCAGAAACCUCCCUCCCUCGCCCAGCUCCCGCCUUUCUCCCUUUCGCCCCUCGCCCCUCUGCCCAGCGACUGGAGUUCUCCCUUUCACCCCUCCUCGCCUCUCUUCGUCUCUCCCUAAUGGUGCUCCCAGUGAUCUCUAAUAAAGUCUUCUUCCUCUUCGUGAAAGAUAAAUCAUUGCAGAUCUUUGUUUGGCGCCCCUGCCCAGAGAAGCAGAUUUUUGCAGUUAGAAAGCAAGCUAUGUACUCUCUUAAAGACAUUGUGCCUGCAGCUGAGAACAACAUAAAUACACAAGUCAUAGUUUUGAACAUAGGCAAGACAGCAUCAGAGGGCCAAAAUAAGACAUGCUUGGCACUUGUGGCCGAUGAGACAGCCGCAGUUCACUUCCAGUUCUGGGGGGAUGAGUGUGAUGCCUUUGAGCCGGGUGAUAUUAUCCGUCUAACAAAUGGAAUAUUCUCUUGCAACCGGAGAAGUUGGGUGCUGAGGGCAGGCAAGAGAGGGAAGGUAGAGAAGGUGGGAGAAUUCACCAUGGCAUAUGUUGAGACACCCAACAUGAGCGAGAUUGAAUGGGUUCAUGAUCCAAGCAAGUCCAAGUUCGUGCAGAAGGCUGUUAUUUCACCCCAUUCACGCAUUUUUCCGCCAUUACCUUAACUUUUGCACCUUUUGUUUCAUGUAAUGGUCCUUCUCACUGCAUUUCAGAAUUAUCAACAUUGAUGAGAUUGUAGUUUCAUGUAUUUCUUACUCUCUCCAAAUCAUCUUUAAUCAACAAAGGGCCUUUCGUCA